AUGGCAAGCUCCCCAUUUUUCAUAUCUCUAGCACUAGUUUUGAUCAGCUUUUGUUCUUUGGUAACAUCAAAAAGUAGUGGCACUGCAACCUUUUAUACUGACUACAUUCCUUCAGCUUGCAAUGGGAACAAAAACGAAGGUGUCAUGAUUGCGGCAGCCAGUGAUGCAUUUUGGGACGAUGGGGCUGCUUGUGGAUCCUUCUACAAAGUUUCCUGCGUGGGUGGACAUCCUUGUACGGGUUCAGGUUCAGUGACGGUGAAAAUCGUUGACUAUUGUCCUCGAUGCCAAGGAACCAUUGACUUAUCUCAAGAAGCAUUUGCCAAGAUUGCUGAUACUAAUGCUGGUGUCAUCAAGAUUACAUACCAAAGGGUGUGA